AUGGCCGACCUCGACAUGCUCGCCGACAUGGGCUUCGACCGGGAGCGCGCUGAGCUCGCUCUCAAGAAGUCCGGCUCACUCCAAAACGCCAUCGACUGGCUCGAGAAGAACCAAGACAAGUCUCUCGACGACAUCAAGGCCGAAGAUGCCGCCGCAGCGUCCUCGUCAUCACCCCCGCCUCCCGGUCCGGGCGAGCAGGCCCAGAGCCUCAAGUGCAACGACUGCGGCAAGAUGUUCCGCUCCCACGCCCAAGCCGAGUUCCAUGCCAGCAAGUCCGGCCACGUUGACUUUGAGGAGUCGACGGAGGAAAUCAAGCCGCUUACCGAGGAGGAGAAGAAAGCAAGGUUGGAGGAGCUGCGGGCGAAGCUUGCCGAGAAGCGCGCGGGGCUGUCGGAGCAGGACAAGAUUGACAAGAAGAAGAACGACGAAAUUCGCCGUAAGGCAACCAAAGAGGGCCAGGAUGCCAAGGAGGCUCUGCAGGCUAAGGAGCGCAUGAAAGAAGCAGAGCAGAAGCGUCGUGAGAAGCAGGCGGAUAUCGAGGCCCGCAAGCGCGUCCAGGCCCAGAUCGAGGCCCAGAAGCUCGAGCGCAAGCGGAAGGCCGAGGCAGAGAAGGCAGCAAGACUGGGACAGACCCCUGCCGAAGCUCCGGCGCCAGCACCUGCUGCGACUUCGUCAGGACCUACCACGUCGAAGCCUGCGAGCGCAUACACCGAGACGAGAUUGAGGCUGCAGCUCCCUUCUGGCACCGUGCAGAAGACGCUGCCAGUGGACACUACGUUGUUCGAGCUGGCACAUCAGCUGUCUCAGGAGAACGGCAUUACUGUGACCACAUUCUCACAGAACUUUCCCAGGAAGGUGUUCGACCAGACCGACUUCGGCCAGACGCUCAAAGAAGCUGGCAUGGUCCCCAGUGCCGCGCUUGUUGUCAAAUAA